GCGCUUUAUUAAUGUAUGAAGCCCCUCCCAGGCGGAGUCUACCUCUUUAGGUUGCAGAGCCCAGUUUCCCGCGAAGCGAGGAGUCGGCGGUGUUAGCGACAGAGGCGAGGAGCUGCGAGCGCCAUGACGAUGAUUCUGGGCUACUGGGACAUUAGAGGGCUUGCCCACGGCAUUCGAUUGCUGCUUGAAUACACAGGAACACCUUAUGAAGAUAAGUUAUACAGCUGUGGAGAAGCUCCGGAUUAUGAUAAAAGUCAAUGGAUCAAUGAAAAAGAAAAAUUGGGGUUGGACUUCCCUAAUCUUCCAUACUUAAUUGAUGGCAAGACCAAAUUGACACAGAGUAACGCUAUUAUCAGGUACAUCGCACGCAAGCACCAUCUUUGCGGCAAAACUGAGGAAGAAAUUAUCAGAGUGGACAUGCUGGAGAAUCAAGUGAUGGAUUUCCGUAUGGGCUUGGUGAUGAUUUGCUACAGUCCUGACUUUGAGAAACUCAAGCCUGGAUAUUUGGAGCAGUUACCAGGGAAACUGAAACUCUUCUCCCAGUUUUUGGGGGAUAGAAAGUGGUUUGCUGGGGAUAAGAUCACAUUUGUUGACUUUCUCAUGUAUGAUGUACUUGAUCAAAACCGCAUGUUUGAACCCAAGUGCCUUGAUCAAUUCAAGAAUCUUCAAGAUUUUCUGACCCGUUUUGAGGCCCUGGAGAAAAUUGCUGCUUACAUGAGUUCCAGCCGCUUUAUAAAAACUCCAAUUAACAAUAAGAUGGCCAAAUGGGGUAACAAGAAAGCAUAAAGAAAAAAAAUUGUUGCUGGAUGAGAUAUUCCCCCCUUUUUCUCCAUUCUUAUGUUGGGUGGAGUUGGUAAGAAAAAGAAUGGAUUUUCUGUAGAAUUGUGAUGUUUAGGUAUUUGGAAGGCAGCAGUGCUCAAUAAAGUAUCUUGGAAUUACUUCAUAA